AUGAUCCUGCAGCCGAGCGACGUCCAAUUGACCGGCGUCCACCAUUUCGACCGGAACCGGCGCUGUUGGAGCGUGUCGGGGGCGGUGGAGGCGGCGUCGCGACGGCCGCCCGGCAUCGAGAAGAGCGCCUUCGGGUUCGGGUUCGGUCGCAAGUGGGUGUUGAAAGUGAACGAGAUCGAGAAGAGUACCGGCGGAACGGAAACGUUGGAACGGGCCUUGUGCAUUUGGGCGUUCCUCUGCAUCGGGGUGAUCGUCGUUUUUGGAAUUUUGUUCGCUUUGAAUAACACGAUCUUCAACUUCAACAGCAACAGAGCAAACUACACCAAGAAUUACAUCUAUCCGAAGGACAUGCAAACGCGCGCUCGUCCUCCCAAAGUAUUCGAAACUCCCCUAACAACUCUUCCCGAAAACACCACCGAUUUAUCAACGGAUUUUCAAAGUUUCAACGACACUUUCAACACAACAGAAAAUACCAACAUCGAGAGAAAGCGGUACUGCUCGGACUGCUCCGCCGGCUACGUUUGCAUGAAAACCGACGAGGGCGGCGCGAAGCCUUCCUGCGUCGCCGCCGCCGAUCCUUCGGAUCCCACCGGUUGCGGCGGUCUCUGCCUCAUCAACACCGAGUACUGUCACAAGCUGGGCCACGACGUGGUCCGAUGCCUGCCGAGGCGCGAUCUGCUCGCCUGCGACGACGGCCAGUUCAACUGUCAGAACAUGUGCGUCGGCGCCGAGCGUCGGUGCGACGGCGUCGUCGACUGUUCCAACGAAUCCGACGAGGCGAAUUGCGAUUGCGAUCUGAGUUCCCACUUCCGAUGCGGCAGGAAGUUGUCCUGCUUGGAGCUGUCGAAGCGCUGCGACAGGAUCGUCGAUUGUUGGGACGGCAGCGACGAGAGGAAUUGCUCGCAGAGUACGACGAUAAAUUGUAGAAUCGAUCAAUUCGCAUGCGACGACGGUGUUUGCAUCGAUAAAACGGAGGUUUGCGACGGUGUGUUCCACUGCUCGGAUCGAUCCGACGAGCCGGAUGGUUGCGUGGAUGUGGAGAAAUGA